AUGUCCCCACCGAAGCCAACGGCGGAAGAUUUGGACGACCUGGACGAUGUCCUCGACGACUUCCAGCAGAAGCCUGCUUCCGCUGCCCCUCCGUCCGAGAGUGCCGCGCCGAGCACGACCGAGGCCGAGCCGAAGGCCGAGUCGGGCGAGGGCGACGCGGAGGACCCCCUCUCUGAUGAAUUUGUCAAGGAGUUGACCAAGAACAUGGAGUCGUUCAUGGCGCAGCUCGGUGGGCAGGCGGGCACCCAGCCCCCCCCUACCGGUGCCGAGUCCGGCCAAGGCAGCCAGGCGGUGGCCGAGGACGAGAUGAUGAAGCAGUUUGAGCGCAUGCUUGCCGGGCAAGGCGCGGGCGACAAGGAGCCAGAGACCAAAAAGGAAGCCCCGAAUGCGCCAGCAUCCGAUGCGAGUUUCCAGGACGUGGUCCAGGCGACAAUGGAGAAGCUCCGGCAGUCGAGCGCCGAUGCGAGCAACGCGUCGUCGAGCGACGGCAAUCCGUUUGCCGGCCUCGGUCUCAACGGCAACGCGGACCUUGCACAGAUGCUCGAGGCGCUCGGUGGCGCGGGUGGCGGCGGCGAGAUGCCCGAGCUGACGCAGAUGCUGAGCUCUAUGAUGGAGGAGCUGAUGAACAAGGAGGUGCUGUACGAGCCCCUGAAGGAUAUGCACUCGCGCUUCCCUGCCUACUUCAACUCGGAGGCGGGCAAGAAGCUGAGUGAGGAGGAAAAGAGCCGGUAUAAGAAGCAAGAGGCGAUCAUGGGCGAGAUUAUCGGCCUGUUUGAGGCCAAGGACUACAGCGAUAAGGACGCCGCCAAGAAGAAGCAGGUGGGCGACCUAGUGGCCGAGAUGCAAGAGCUCGGCUCGCCCCCGCAGGAGCUGCUGGGCGAAAUGCCCCCUGAGCUCGCCGGGCUCAAUGGUAUGCUAGGCGGCGAGGGUGGCGACGACAACUGCAGCAUUAUGUAG